AUGUCUCUACGCCCCACUCUUCCCAUUCCUCCUCCAUAUCGCCUUCCUCCUCCCAAUCUUCCUCUUCAGAAUCCCCUCCCUCCCCCUCCUCUCCCUCCUCCUCCUCUCCCUCCCCCUCCUCUCGCUUCCCCUCCUCUCCCUCCCCCUCCUCUCCCUCCCCCUCCUCCCGCUUCCCCUCCUCUCGCUCCCCCUCCUCUCCCUCCCCAUCCUCUCCCUCCCCCUCCUCUCGCUCCCCUCCUCUCCCUCCCCCUCCUCUCGCUUCCCCUCCUCUCCCUCCACCUCUUCUCCCUCCCCCUUCUCUCCCUCCCCCUCUUCUCCCUCCCCCCUCUCUCUCCUCACAGGUACCCUUCUAGUGGCUGGCUGUGGCAACAAAGGGCAUUCACAGAUGCUGCACUCACGCAACGACUCUCCGAGGAGUGUGCAGUGCAGACGUCAUAG